AUGAGGCGGAACAAGAGCUCCGUCAGUAAUGGAUCGAAACCGCAACCAACUCCCACUGGGGGUGCUCCCAAGGCAGAGCUGUCGCCAAAGCCGGAGCCGCAGCAGCCCGAGAAGUUGAAAGAGACUUCGAAUGCUGCAGGCCAGGCAGGAACUGGAAAAACGCUCUUUGACCGCGCAAACGAGUCCUUGCAUCAUUUGCACCGCCCGACAAAGGAGGAACUGCUUGCCGCAGCAACCGGGGCCUGGUCGAGGUUCAAGGUGCACUUCAAGUGGUUCUCCAUCAAAAGUGGGCGGAAAUUCAACAUGGACGACAUCAGCGCCUUCUUUUCUUGGAUCCUCCUAGGACACAUUGCGUGGGUCAUUGUUGGCACGACUACGUUCUUCUCCAUUUUGAUUUUCCUUGUCAACUCUGUUAUCGCGCAGGAAACCUUGGCUCGCUGGGUAGGAAACUAUCUGACCAAAUCGUCUGGCGUCAAAGUCGUCUUCGAGUCCGCCAUUGUCCCUAAGUGGGGUGAUGGUGUCAUAAGCUUUAAGAACGUCUUCGUCUCCAGAAGACCAGGACAAGGUCAGGCCAAGGUAAGCAAGGGAUCGCAGCAAGAAUCAGCGGCUGCCGCAGCUGCUGCCGCAGCGGCCCAUGACGCUCCAGAGUGGCAUGCCACCGACGAAGAAGAAGACACGAACUACACGCAAUUCGAUCUAUCUAUUGAUACGGUGAACGUGACGCUGUCAUUCACCAAGUGGUUCAACGGUAAAGGGUUGCUCCGCGAUGUCGAGAUCAAGGGUAUCCGUGGCGUCGUCGAUCGUAGAUCUCUCCAAGCUCCAGAGGAAUAUGUUGAUCCUAGGACCUACAAACACGAGCACAAUCCGGGCGACUUUGAACUCGACUCGUUCAAGAUGGAAGACUUGCUCGUCACCAUCUACCAGACCAACGGAUUCCGUCCAUUCCCGGUCAGCAUAUACUCUUGCGACCUCCCUCAAUUGAGGAAGCAAUGGUUAUUUUACGAUUUCUUGUCCGCCAAUAUGAUGUCUGGUUCAUUCGAUAACUCUCUUUUCACCAUUCAUCCUAAGCAGACGCACAACUAUGCAGCACUUCCACAGAGCGAGGCAGCAGACGAGGGCCCCACGCAAUGGAAGAAGCAUACCCGGAUAAGGAUCGACGGUCUCAACAUCGACCAUCUAAACCGUGGCGUGGAUGGCCCAUUUGGGUGGAUUCAUGAAGGAAAUCUUGACAUCGUGUCAGAUAUUAUGUUCCCAGCCGACAACGAUGAGAGCAUUGCAAAGGUGAUGUCCGAUUUCUACGACCGCGUCGAAGCCACCGUCACCUCCAACGGCACGCGCAGCGUUCUAGAGUUCCAAAAACCCAUCGACCCCACACCCAUGCCGCCGCGGACCGACUCGACAGGCGCCGAAGUCGUCACUGCCGAUGAAAAUGAAGACGACAAACGCUUCCUCGUCAUGGACAUCCGGGUGCAGCUGAACGACGUGCGAGCCGCAGUCCCAAUUUUUACCAAUGACAUCUCGUACGUGAACAACGCGCUGAUCCGACCCAUCGUGGCAUACAUCAACUCGAAGCGGACGUUCAUUCCCGUCAACUGCCGCGUCGUGAAGCGCGCCAGCGAGUUCGACGGCUCCUGGACCAUCUACGACAGCGGGCUCAUGGACGACCUUUCGCGCGAGAUGUACGAGGCUUUUGCCCGCGACAUCCACGACGACCACCAGACGCGUCGGCGCCGCUUCAAGAAAGUCGGCAUCUGGACGCUGCAGCUGGCGGCACAGGCGCUGUUCAUUGGGCUUGCGGGCAACAUCGCUUAA